AUGCAUUCUCUGUUUUUCCACAGCGCAAACGUAACAACACUACACUCUCUCAACUUAACUUCUUCACUUCUUUUCCCAAAUAAUCAGAAACUCUGCUCAAAACCCCGUUUCCAAUCCUCCAUCAAAAUCAAUACACCAAUCCCCAAACACGUCCCUAACAAAAAGGUUAUAAUCCUCUGGGACCUCGACAACAAACCUCCACGUGGACCUCCAUACGACGCCGCACUCUCUCUCAAAACCCUCGCCGAACGCUUCGGCGACGUCGUUUCAAUCUCCGCUUACACAAAACGACACUCCUUCUUCAAUCUCCCUCAAUGGAAUACCAACCAAAACCCUAGCCCGAAUUCGAUUCCCUGCCGUGUCUGCGGUCACGAAUGUAAAUCAAUUUUCGAUCUCAAAAUUCAUUUCAAGAGAGUUCAUCUGUACCAGCGUAAGAAGUUAAGGGAAAAAUUGAAAUCCAUUAAGUUGAGCCGGUCGAAGGUCUGGUUCGUUCGGAGAAUCCAUACUUAUAAUGAAGCUGCGGGGAAUGUUGUUGCACCUAGGGUUGGAUUUGGUUUGGGUUCGGAGUUGCGGCGCGCAGGGGUUUUCGUUAAAGUUGUGAAGGUCGGUGAGAAGGGGAAUGCGGCGGAUUUGUGGUUGGAGAGGGAGAUGAUGAGUGGAGAGGUUGGUUGGUUGGUUUUGGUUUCGGAUGAUCGGGAAUUUGCGGAGAUGUUGAGGAAGGUUAGGGAGGUCAAUUUGAAGACUGUUGUUGUUGGAGAUUAUUGGGAUAGGGAUUUGGGGAAGAAUGCUGAUUUGUGGCUUCCUUGGAAUGUUGUUGAGAAUGGAAAGGUUGAGGGAAUGGGUUUAAUGGGAAGAACAGAGGGUUCGGAUGAUGAAUUGGAAGGAGAUCAGAAUCUGGGCUAUGAUGAAUAUGUAACAGAGGAAGAACUAUUAGAUGAUGAAAGGUUUUAAAUAACUGUCGCAUUGUGUUAUAUUUAAGGCAAUCGCGAUUCUGGUCAAGUUGUAAAUUUGUAGAUGCACUGUUUUCUUUGUUUUGAAUGACUUAUAAGUUUUUAGAUUUGUGUCUUAAUAGCUUUUUGUUUUUACAUAUCUUAUACCUGUUGCUAUAGAUUUGUGUCUUAAGGAUUCAUGUAUUGGUUACAUUUGUUGAAGCUUAUGAGAAACAAAUUGGUCUUGUUUGAA